UCGUAAAUCGAAUGCGACCUCUAUAUUGAAUGAUUAUUCAUUGAAAUAACCAUUCCGUCUGGUUGCACAUUCGUCCGAAAAAAGAGGAGUGAAUAGGAAUUGAUGGAAAUAAUUUCUAACGCGCCAAAUCGAUAGUACAAUUUCUAAGAUAUUGCAAGUAAGAGUAUUUCGAAAUAAACACCAACUUCGCUAUUAAAAAGUGAAGAAAAUGUUGCGCGUUGGUAUCAGAGCUAUUCGUAAGAAUUUAAACGUCAGAAAUUUAGCGAAUGCGCCUGCACAAGAACAUGCAAUAUCCGCGACCUUUAAGAUUCAAGAUCCUAAAGAUUUUGACGAACGCGUGAAAAAUUCUAAAGUGCCUGUGAUCGUCGAUUUUUUCGCGACGUGGUGUAACCCAUGCCGCAUGUUAACUCCUCGUUUAGAAUCGGUGAUCGCAGAAAAACAGGGGAAAGUACUUUUGGCUAAGGUUGACAUCGAUGAAAACAGUGAUCUUGCUCUUGAUUAUGAAGUUGGCAGUGUUCCUGUCUUAAUUGCGAUGAAGGAUGGAAAAGUUCUGGAAAGAAUUGUCGGUUUACAAGAUACAGAUAAACUUAGACAAUUUGUUAACAAAUACGCUGAUUAAUACACAAUAUAAUGUAGUGUUAUAUAUAGUACAAUCCUGUUAUUGCUUUUUAUAGCCAUGGCACAUGUUACAUAUGUCUAGAAAAACAGUACAAACAUACCUUUCAACUUAAGUAUCUGAGACAUAUUGUAGAAUUUAAUAAUUGAAAGAAGGGAAGGACAAAUUUUCAUUAUUUAAUAUAUUCAUAACAUUUCAAAUGAU